AUGCCUCUUGCAGUGGUAUCUGUCUGCACAGCUACUGGUGCCUGGGACUGUUUACUAGAUCCCGAGACACAAAAGGUGUCCUUCCUCACGACUUUAUGGAAUCACCCAUUUUCCACCACUGGUUGCAUCACUCUGAUAGGCUUGUUCUUUGCCAGAAUGUACAAGAGAGUAGUUUCUACGCCCAUGAUAGCCAUGCGAUGUGGAACUAUGUUAGCAGAGUACAACAAGUCUUGUGAUGGCACAGGAACACGGAUUCUGGAACGGAGGCCUCAUGUUCGGUGA